AUGGCACCACUGUCUUGGCCUGUAAUUGAAAGAGUCAAUGUGGACUCAAUAUCAGAUGAGCAGGCAGAUGAACUCUUUGAUCUGUUGAAAACUGCAAAAGUGGAUGAUGACGCUGAUAAUACGAGAGUUAGGAAGCUCUUUACAGUCACACAAGUUAUUAUGAUACAAAGAAACCAACUUUUCGAGGAUGCCAUGAAUGAAGCAGAAGCCGAAGCAAAAAAGUCACUGAAAAGAGAACAAGAGCUGAAAAAAGAGCUAGAAAAAGCACAUAAGGAAAUUGAAGAGCUUAAGAAAUUUGGCCCUGAAGGAGGUGCUUCAAGAGAUACAAGGUUCCUACGGGAGCAGAUUAGAGAGUUAGAGGAAAGCAAUGAUCAACUGAAACAGGAAGUUAAAGAUCUUAAUAGAGACCUAAAUAUUGAGAAACGUGCAGCUGAAAAGUACAGUGAAAGAAUCAGUGAAGUUGAGAGAGAAUUAAAAGAAACCAGAGAAGAGAAUGAUCAGUUGCGGCAAGAUCUCAGUGAUUACAAGAUGCAGAUGCAAACCCAGAGGGACAGUAUUGUGUCACGGAGAGGGGAAGAUGCUGAAUUCAAGGAAAAACUUGCUAAAAAGAAUCGAGAGCUUGCAGAAACCAUGGAGGAAUUGCAGAAUGUGUCAGAUGCAAAUGAUCUGCUACAGAAAAGAUGUGACGAUCUUCAGAGAAAUCUGGAAGAUGCCAUAUUACAGAUGGACAGAACACGUGAGGACUACUUAAAACUCAAGAGUGUUCUCCAACAAAGUGAUGCUGUUACAGAUGCUCUCAGAGAAGAAAAUGAAAUUCUGAAAAAUCAGAUUCAAGACCUUACUGAACAGAUUCAGUCCAAAGGAGAAGCAGAUGAUGUUAUUAUGGUUGCUGUUAAUCAAAAAGUGGAUGAGUGGCAAGAAAUUAUGCAGGAAAAAGAUUUUCAAAUAAACAACCUCCAGGAACAACUCUUCCGCAUGAAAGAUCAACUUAUUGCUGCAAACAUGGAUUCAGACAAGGUCACUGUGUCUGCCUUGAGUGAGGUUUUAAAAGACAAGGAUAAACAGAUUGCAGACCUCACUGAGAAAAUUCACCAGUACACAUCAGAAAUGGAAGCAAAUGCAGCCAUCAUUGAAGACCUCAACAACGAAUUGCGCAAAAUGGGUUCAUCACCUGGAGAUAGAUUACAGAAGCAGCUGAGAGAGUUGCAGCAGGAAAACAGACAAUACAAAGAGAAUUUACAACAUCUGGAGGAGGAUAUUAAGAAGGCUGAAGAGGAUUGCAGAAGUAAAGACAAGCAACUGAGUGAACUUUUGGAAAGGAUGAGGCAAUAUGAAGAAGGUGAAUAUGGACUUUCAGAAGCAGUAGCUGAAAUCAAAAGCUCCAAAAAUCAGAUUAAAGUGAGAGAAAGAGAAAUUGAAGAAUUGACUCAGUACAUCAAUAAGGCGGAGAUGAAAAUUAAUGAAAUCUUGGAUGAAAAUGAAGAACUGCGGUACAAGCUCGGCAUGGACCCCAGAGAGCCCUUAGAUUUGACAGAGUUAAGAAAGAACAAAGCAAUUAGACAAGAAGAACUGAAGGCAAUUAACUUCACUUUGCAGAGAGAGAUUGAAGCACUAGAAGAAGAAAGAAUUGAAGACAAGAAGAGGAUUAGAAAGCUUGCUCAGCAGUUAGGGCAAAGAGCUGUAUCUUUGGGUCUUACUGCUGAAGAUCUGCUCUCAGUGCAGGACUACACUGAUACUCUCAGAGUGAAACGACUCGGUGAGAAAGCACAGCAGUCUACUGCAGUACUCAUACGAGAACAGGUUCAAAAAGAAGAGAAACUACUUAUGGGCAAAGAAUUUGAGAGAGACUUUAAAGAAAAUGCUGUGGAACUCCAUAAACUGGAAAAAGAGGUAUUGCAGUUGAAAGCUCAGAACCAGCAGGUCAUGAAGGACAAUGCAAAUCUGGAAGCAGGCUUUACGGAGGUGAUGCAAGCCUUGAAAAAUGUUAAAGCUGAUGGGAAAGAUGUAACAGCUCCAUCAGGGCAGUUUCCAACCAUUGAAAAAAUGUUGGCUGCAAUUGAAGCAAAGAAAAUUCUUGGCAACUAUGAUACAACUUACUACUUAAAAGAACAAGUUGAUAUUCUUAAAGGGAGGAAUGAAGAAUUGAAAAGUGCUUUGAGGGAGACUAGAAUUGAUGCCAGUAAAGCAACAUUGGAAAGAGAUAAGGCAUUUGAAAAGAUUGAGAAAUUGGAGAAGGAUCACUUCAGCCUACAUGAUUCUAAUGCUGGAAUAGGAUUGUUCAGUGUAAUGAAGCUGCCUGAUGGGAUGGUGCCAUCAAGUUCUGAGGUUAUUGGGAGCCUCACUGAACAUUUAAUAAUUGUGUUACAGGAAUUAUCACAACGUGAGGCCUUAUUAAAGAAUGUUGAGACUUCCCUAAACACAUACAAGAGAAAGUAUGCAGUUCUCCGUCAUCAGCAAGGGUUAUUGUAUCAGGAGCACUUACAAGAGAAGAAGAAGUGGCAAGAGGAAAUAAACAGAUGUUCAAAGCAUCUAAGUGAGAUGCAGGGCCAGCGAGAGGAAGACAUGGUUCAUAUUCAAGAGUUUAAUCGUCUGAUUGAUACUCUUGCCCAUGAUGAUGUAGAAGUAAGACACCGGUUGUCGGAAAUGACAAGGAGAAUUACUGUUCUUCGGGUGAAUGAAAAAGCUUUGACAAGGAGGCAUGCUAUUAUGGAAGAAGUUGAGACACAGCUUAGACGAGAAUGCAGCCAUCUGCGCAAAGAAAUAAAUCAGAUGGAGAUUGCAGUGUCAGAAAGACUGGGUUAUCUUCAGAGAUACAAGGACAUAGCAGCAUUCAAAAUUUCAGCUCUCCAAAGAGCUUUGCAGGAUUCUGUACCAGCCUCAGAUCUGGAAAAGGUUAAUAAACAGUACCACAGUUUGACAGAAAAAUAUCGGGACAUGCUUGAGAAUGGAAAUAACCUUGUCUCAAAAGCAGAACAACUAGAAGGGUUAAAGGCUGAAGUAAGUCAGUUGACAGAAAACAAUAUCAACUUGAAAAAAACUUUGGAAAUGGAAAAAGAAAAAUUACAUUCUCUUGAAGCAGUAAUGGAAGAAGUUCACAAAAAGGGAUAUACCAGCAGUGCAGAUGCCAACUUGUCAGAUGGUCAUAUUAUCUCAAUCUCUAAGAAGAUCACCAUGUUAGAAAUGAAAGAAAUUAAUGAACGACAACGUGCAGAACAUGCAACACAGAUGUAUGAAAAGCAGAGACAGCUUUUACAUGAUUUGGAGAAGAGAAAUAAAGAAUUAGAAGAAAAAUUUGCAGAAGUGACAAAGCUAAAUCUUGAAAUGCAAAAGGUUGAAAGAGAACUUCGAGAUGAAUUAAGCAAUUCUGUACCACAAAGUGUCAGUUCUGCAGACAGAAAGAGAAUAGCUGAUCUGGAAAUGACAGAGCUGUCUCUUAAGCAGGAAGUCUCUAAAUUAAAGGAAAUGGCCGAUAUUGCAGCAACACAAGUUAGAACACUCACAAGUCAGCACAUUUCUCAUGAGAAGGAGUGUCAGUCACUUCGUCAGCAGCUGCUAGAUUUCCAAGCACAGAGUGAUGAUAAAACAGUAAUAGGUAAACUUCAUCGGCACAUAGUACAGUUGCAGGUGAGUGAAGGUACUGCAUUAAAACGUCUGGAAGAAGCUCAGACAAAAUUAGCCAAGUUGGAAGGGCAAGUUCUGCGCAUGGAGCAAAGGCUGGAUGACAAAAAUGAAGCAGUUUACCAUGUUCAGCAAGAAGCUCACAGCAAAUCGAAAUAUCUCAGGAGAGCUUUGCAG